GCCCAGCGCGCCGCCCCGGACCGCCUGGGCGACCUGGGCUGCGAGGCGGACCUGGCCCCCCUGAUCCGCGAGGUCGCGCGGGGGGACGUCUCGCCCGAGAUGGGCGGGGGCUGCAGCGCCGCCCGCUGGUGGUCGCGCCCCGGGCCCGGGCUGCCGCUGCUCUGCCCCGUCUCCGAGUUCCCCGUGUGCAUGCUGCCCUACCCCCCCUUCAAGCUGCGCGCCGAUCCGGAGCGCGCCCACCCGUACAGCCUCGUGGACGGGAAGUUCCUGGCGGUGCACGUGAUCGCCACCGGCCGCCUCGAGGCCUGCGGGCGCGCGCUGGCGCAGGCCGACGUCGCGGCGCUCGACGACUACAUCCACCGCUGCAAGCUGGGCCCCCGCCGCGUGGGCCGCUUCGUGCAGCUCUCCGCCGCCGCUGCCGCGGCCGCCGCCGCCGGGCAGCCCGUGGGCGGCGAGCUCGGCCGCCUCCAGGGCGAGGCCCGGGCCGAGCUGGCGAAGCUCCGCCGCAUCCAGGACAACCGCCUGGCGCAGAUCAGCAGGCUCUGCCAGGCCCGCAGCACCGCGCCCGGCCGCGGCGCGACGGCCGCGACCAGGGGCCGGCCCAGCAAGGCGGCCUCGUCGGCCUCGACGAGGGCGAGCUCGGGGUCCGCCGGCACGCCCGUCGCUGCUGCCUGAGGCGGCCUCGUCGGCCUCGACGCGAGGAGCUCGGGUUCCGCCAGCAUGCCCGUCGCUGCUGCCUGAGGCUGAGGGAGCCACGGGGAUCUGCUGCGUGCGUCGUUCAUGGGGGAGCUCUGGCACGGCCACCAGCUCUGAGCGACCCAUCACGCCGCACUGCUGCAGUGUGCCUGCCGAGAGUGUACGCGCUUGCGCGGGGC